CUGUAAAGUGUUUUUAAACCCCUUGGGGCCUCAACCAGCUGAGCAUCCAACUUAAAAAUCACAGUUCAAACACCCACUACCAAUCAAAACAGAGCAGAUCAAAAAGCCUGCCGGCAGAUCAAAGGUGACGAUUAAGUGCCUCAUGUGUCACUCCAAGCAGCCGGCGAAACUCGUGCUUAUAGUAUUGCCGUUGCUGCUGCUUUGUUAUGGAAUUGGCAACAUCCAAUGUUCUGUAGUUCACAAGAACAGCGAAGAUUUUCACUCACUGCUAGAAUUCAAACGGGGCAUCACCAGCGAUCCAAAAGGAGCCUUGAGUAAUUGGAACCCCUAUACGCACUUCUGUCGGUGGAAUGGUGUGAACUGUAGCUCAACGCGACCAUGGCGCGCCACGGAGCUCAACCUCACCGGACAAAACUUGGCUGGCCAAAUCUCACCCUCUCUUGGAAACCUGACCUUCCUUGACACCCUUGAUCUGGGAAGUAACCUUUUGCACGGUGUUAUUCCUGAUGCACUUACAAACUGUUCCAACUUAGCCUACCUAGAUUUAUCUAAAAACAACCUCAUGGGUGUUAUUCCUCCUAGAAUAGGUUUUCUUACCAAGCUAGCUGAUAUCGUCCUUGACAAUAAUGAUCUCACUGGGGGCAUCCCGGCAGCCCUCGGAAACAUCACUUCUUUAAAAGUACUUAGUCUUAAACUUAAUCAACUCAAUGGAAGAAUUCCCCACGAGCUUUGGCAAAUGUCAAACAUAGUGAAGUUGGUACUAGCCCAAAAUAACCUAUCAGGUGGAAUCCCACAAACUUUAUCUAAUAUAUCUUCUCUUCAGAAAUUAUCCUUGGCGUACAAUAUGCUAGGCAGCACAUUACCAUCUAACAUUGGUGAUGCCCUUCCUAAUCUUCAGUUAUUGUACUUGGGAAACGACCACUUUGAGGGUCACAUUCCAGCUUCCCUAGGCAAUCUGUCAGGUCUAAAAGAAAUGGAUCUACAAAGUAAUCAUUUCACUGGCCAAAUCCCAAGCUCUUUUGGAAAGCUUUUACAGCUGACUUAUCUAAACCUUGCGGGAAACAAGCUUGAAGCAAGGGAUAGUAAAGGUUGGGAAUUCUUCCAUGCCCUGGCAAACUGUAGUUUUCUAAAUGCACUUUCGUUGUCUAACAAUCAGCUACAAGGAGCCAUACCAAAUUCGAUUGCUAAUUUGUCCACCAAUCUUACAUAUCUUCUAUUGGGCGGAAAUAACCUAUCAGGAAUAGUCCCCCCAAGUAUCAAAAAAUUUAAUGGUUUAAUUGAGCUGGCACUAGAUUUCAACAAUCUUACAGGUACAAUUGAAGACUGGAUCGGAAAGCUGACGAAUCUGCAACAUUUAAAUCUCCGAUCGAACAACUUCAUUGGGACAAUUCCACCUUCCAUUAGCGAUCUUACACAGUUGACAUUUCUCUCUCUUGCGGAAAAUAAAUUCACUGGUUUUGUGCCACCUAGCUUGGGACCUUAAUCCAAUAUUGAUGUUGAACCUUAGCCAUAACAGUUUCCAAGGAAGCAUACCUGCUGAGUUUGGUAACUUUAGACAACUCACUGAAUUCAGCAAACAAAUUUAGUGGAGAAAUUCCUGAAACUUUGGGCCAGUUUCAACAGAUAUACACCAUUCUGUUAGACUAUAUUUGGACUAUAGCUCUAUAUUUGGUUAUUGCUAAUCCCGGGCCUCCCUUCCUAUUCUCUCCGGAUGCUUGUUUUCAUAAGCCGGUAUUAGAGAUAUAGAAGGCCUGUGCUAGCCUUUGGCUAUUUAUGUAAUCCCGUGAUUAUCAAUUGAGUAUUGCGUGAUUUCUCUCCGCUUUCAUGGUA